AUGGUUUCUGCGAAGCUAGUCUACGCGGCAACGCUGCUCACUCUGGCCCUUGCGGCUCAGAACGACAACAACGGCGGUGGAAACAAUGCUGUAGCCAACGCCGGCGCCCAAACCAACAACGCCAAGCAGGGCCAACAGAACAACGGUGGCAGCGGUGCCAACGCCAAUGCGAACAACGGAGGUAACAACGGAGGUAACAACGGUGCCAAAGCCAACAACGCCGGCAACAACACCGGCAACAACAACAACAAUGCCAACGCCAAAGACGGUGGUAACAACAGCGCCAAUGCAAACACGGCAGCUGCCGCGAAGAGCACCGCUACUGCUUCCGCAGACGCCAGUGCUAGCUCUGCUGCUGCAAAUGCGAACAACAACAACAACAACAACAACAACAACAACAACAACAACAACAACAAUAACAACGCGGCCACCAACACAAACAACAACGGCGCUGACAGCACUACUCUACAGCCCAAUGCUAUUCAGUCCGGCUCGUUCUUUGAUGGUCAGAAUGGCCUGGGUGCCGAAAGUGGUCAGGCUGCAUCAGGCACCUCGCAGAACAACUUCAUCAACUUCUGUGCAGGCCAGACCUUGACCAAUGGUCUCCAAAUCACCACGGGAUCCUGCAACGGCAUUGUUAUGGGCCAGAUUCCGGCAAAGAACCAGAUGAUCUCAACGGUCAUCACAUUCCCCCAGAACGGCCAGACAAUCCAAGCCGGCCAGGACUUCAACAUCACUCUGCAGGUCAACAACCUGCAAGCUGGUGCCUUUACCAAUGCCGAUGCUACUUACUACUCUGCUCCUCAGCAGCUGCAGAACGGCAUUGUCGUCGGCCAUACGCAUGUUACCGUCCAGGAUAUCGGCAACAGCCUGAACCCCUCGACGCCGCCUGACCCGACCCAGUUUGCGUUUUUCAAGGGCAUCAACGAUGCCGGAAACGGCAAGGGUGGCCUUGCUGCCGUCGUUGCUGGUGGUCUUCCCGCUGGUAACUUCCGCGUCUGCACUCUUACGUCGUCCGCAAACCAUCAGCCUGUGAUCAUGCCCGUUGCCCAGCGCGGAUCCCAAGAUGACUGCACCAAGUUCACAGUUUCUGGCAAUGGCGGCAGCACCAACGUUGCUGCUAAUAAUGGUGACAAGGGCAAGGCCGCUGCUGAUCUUGCCCAGUCCGCUGUCAACCUUGGCGCCGGUGCUCUGACUGCCACCGCUGACGCUGCCAAAGGUGCCGCAACUGCCGCUGCUGGUAACAACAACAACGCCAACAACGCCAACAACGCCAACAAUGGCAACAAUGGCAACAAGAACAACAACAACAACAACAAUGGAGGCAAGAACGCCAAGCGCCUGGCUCGUUUUUCUCGCCGGACAUUCGUCGCCUAA